CUCUAGGACUAAGAGAGAGAGAGGGUGAUAGAGAGCGUUUAGCGGUUAUGGAGCAAACCUUGUAGAGGGAGGCGGGGAAUGGGUAAAUCGCGCGCGACUCCUGCGGAUCCACCGGUCACCCACGCCUUCUCCGGCCUCACAAAUGAAAAACCUAUUUUUGGUCCUCUCUUUCUCUCUCUCCCCCCGAGAAGGGUACGACGAUCGAGUUCGGUUCUGCUUCCUUCCGGCUCGCCACCUCCGCGGCCACCGGCGCCGGCGCCGGCGCGAUAUCUACACACGGGCGAGAUCUCGCGUUCAUUUGCAGUGCGGUGGCUCGUUGCGUCGCUGCUAUAUCAUCUGAACAGAGAAGAAGGCGACCGGAUCCUGCAGCAAAGGCAGUUGAACAAUGACUGCUCAGCCAAUGAAGAGGGCUAUUGUGGAGAGUGGAGAUGGAGGUCUUGGUUUGGGAAUUGCUACAUUCAUUGCAAACGGUGAGGAUUUGGGUCCCAUCAUUCGUCAUUCGUUUGAGUCUGGGAAACCUGAAGCGCUGAUGCAGAACCUUAGAAGCAUUGUGAAGAAGAAGGAAGUUGAGAUCGAAGAGCUAUGCAGGCUUCACUACGAGGAUUUCAUCCUUGCUGUGGAUGAACUACGUGGUGUGUUAGUCGACGCCGAUGAGUUGAAGGGCAUGCUAUAUGGCGAGAAUUCACACCUGCAGGAGGCUUCUGCUGACCAACUCCUGAAGCUCGACGAACUUCUUGAGCUAUACUCUGUGAAGAAAAACGUUGGGGAGGCCAUAACAACGCUGAAGAUAUGUGUGGAGGUGUUCAGCUUGUGCAUGACAUGCAACAAUUUCAUUGCCGAAGCUAAGUUCCAUCCUGCACUUAAGACACUGGACCUGAUCCAGAAAGGCUACCUGCGAAACAUUCCUUUGAAGCUUGUUAAGAAGGUGGUGGCGAGGCAGAUCCCACUGAUAAAGCUGCACAUAGAGAAGAAAGUCUGUAGCGAGUUCAACGAUUGGCUCGUCCAUAUAAGAAGAAUGGCCAAGCAGAUUGGGCAGGCCUCCAUAAGCCAGGCGUCGUCGGCUCGCCAAAAGGGCGAGGAGAUGCGUGCCCGGCAGAGGGAAGCCGAAGGGCAUAGCCAUGCUGGACCAGAUGAGCAUCUGUAUGCCUUGGACCUGGAGAACACGGAAGAGGAAUCGGCGCUACAUUUUGAUCUCACACCGGUUUAUCGGGCGCACCACAUGCACACAUGUCUUGGGAUGGAGGACAAGUUCAGAGACUAUUACUACAAGAACAGGCUCAUGCAACUCAACUUGGACAUGCAGAUCUCCACUUCGCAGCCCUUCUUGGAGUCCCAUCAACCCUUCCUUGCCCAGGUAGCUGGGUUCUUUAUAGUCGAAGAACGUGUUCUUCGAACCGCAGAUGGAUUGCUGUUGGAGAGUCAGGUGGAAACAACAUGGGAGACAGCUAUUGGCAAGAUAACGUCUAUACUGGAGGAACAGUUCUCUCGCAUGCGUACAGCCAGCCACUUGCUUCUCAUAAAAGACUAUGUCACUCUUCUAGGCGCAGCUGUGAACAAGUACGGCUAUCGAAUCACACAGCUGAUUGAAGUUCUGGAGAAGAGUAGGGACAAAUACCACCAGCUGCUGCUUCUUGAUUGCCGGAAGCAGAUAGACGACGUCCUUACUAAUGACUCGUACGAGCAGAUGGUUAUAAAGAAGGAAUACGAGUACAGCAUGAAUGUGACAGCGUUUCAUCUGGAACACGAUGAUGCGAUCCCUGAUUUCCCAUACGUGACAUCCUUCUCCUCUUCCGUUCCAGAUGUCUGCCGCAUCGUCCGGUCCUUCAUCGAGGAUUCCGUCAGCUACUUGUCAUACGGCGGUCUCAUGAACAUCUACGAUGUGGUGAAAGCAUACCUAGACCGGCUGCUGAUCGAGGUGCUGAACGACAGCCUUCUGAACAUGAUAUACGCUCGUUCCCUGGGCAUGUCGCAGAUGAUGCAGCUCGCUGGAAACAUAUCGGUCCUUGAGCAAGCAUGCGGCAUGUACCUGCUGCACUCCGCCCAGCUGUGCGGCAUCCCGAAGCGUGUCGCCGAGAGGUCCCAUUCCGGCCUGACUGCUCGAGCGGUCCUCAAGGCCUCGCAGAACGCGGUGUACAACGCGCUGAUAAACCUGACCAAUUUCAAGGUCGACGAGUUCAUGGUGCUCCUGGAAGAGGUGAACUGGAUAGCGGAGGAAGCCCCCGACAACGCGAACGACUACAUGAACGAGGUCCUGAUCUACCUCGAAACGCUGGUGUCGACGGCGCAGGAGAUCCUGCCUCUGGAAGCUCUGUACAAGGUGGUUUCUGGUGCCAUGAGCCACAUCUCGGACUCCAUAAUGACCACGCUCCUGAACGACGGCGUGAAGAGGUUCACCGUCAACGCGGUCUUAGGGAUCGAUAUUGACCUGAAGACGCUGGAAGCAUUCGCGGACGACAAGUUCGACAGCACGGGGCUGUCAGAUCUGGGCAAGGAGACGACUUUCAGGGACUGUUUGGUUGAGAUCAGGCAGCUCACGAAUCUCCUGCUCAGCAGCCAGCCUGAGAACUUCAUGAACCCGGUGAUCAGGCAGAGGAACUACGGGUCUCUGGACUACAAGAAGCUGGCCAUCAUUUGUGAGAAGUACAAGGACUCUGCAGACAGUCUGUUCGGAAGCCUUUCAAACCGGAACACCCCCCAGCAGAGUGCCCGUAAGAAAUCUAUGGACGUCUUGAAGAGAAGGCUUAAGGAUUUUAGCUAAGGAAUAAAUUGCUGGCACUAGCAUAUAGUAUCUAUCUUUUAGAUUUCAACUUCCUCGACUACUUUUCUAGGUAGGUCGAUUUGUCUUUGUAGGUGAAGUGUCGAUUUGUCUGUGAGAGUGAGACCACAUGAAGCUAGAGAGAGAAGAUGCCAAUAAGCUAUUCAGGCUGCCGCUGCUUCGUGCUUCCGUUCCACUGGCCGGGUGGCUUGAUUGUUUAUGCAGACUUGGCUAAUAAGCUAUUCAGAGCUA